AUGCAGCCCUGGGGGGCGCUGCAAGCGUGGGUGCGGGGCUCGGCCCCCCUGUACCCCUCUGUGCCGCCGCUGACCGCCCUCUGCCUCGGCCCCAGGUUCCUGCUGGUCUUCUCCUGCCUCGUGCUGUCGGUCUUCUCCACCAUCAAGGAGUACGAGAAGAGUUCGGAGGGAGCGCUCUACAUCUUGGUGAGCCCCUGGACUAACUGUGCUCUCCUCAUUUCCAGUAAAGGCAGACCGUGCAGAGAGUCCCUGUGUGGAUGCUGCCCUGGACACUCUAGUCAGAAGGUCAGUUUGAAAGACCGUGUCUUCUCCAGCCCCCGAGGCGUGGCUGCCAAGGGGAAGGGGUCCCCGCAGGCCCAGACCGUCCGGCGGUCACCCAGUGCCGACCAGAGUCUGGAGGACAGUCCGAGCAAGGUGCCGAAGAGCUGGAGCUUCGGGGACCGCAGCCGGGCGCGGCAGGCCUUCCGGAUUAAGGGUGCCGCGUCCCGACAGAACUCAGAAGAAGCAAGUCUCCCUGGGGAGGACAUCGUGGAAGACAACAAGAGUUGUAACUGCGAGUUUGUGACCGAAGAUCUGACCCCGGGCCUCAAAGUCAGCAUCCGGGCCGUGUGCGUGAUGCGAUUCCUGGUGUCCAAGCGCAAGUUCAAAGAGAGCCUGCGGCCAUACGACGUGAUGGAUGUGAUUGAGCAAUACUCGGCUGGCCACCUGGACAUGCUGUCCCGCAUCAAAAACCUGCAGUCCAGGAUAGAUAUGAUUGUGGGCCCCCCACCCCCUUCAACUCCCCGGCACAAGAAGUACCCCACCAAAGGACCCACGGCCCCUCCGAGAGAGUCACCCCAGUAUUCACCUAGGUCAGGAUGCCAACCCUCUCCUGCCUUGUCUCUGUGGAAUGGCCAGCCCCCUUCGCCCCAGGCCACAUGACGGCAACACC